AUGUGGCAUACCCGAAGUAAAUUGAAAAAAUCUGAUGAUAAAAGGAAUGAGGAAAAUUUUCUGGAACUUCUGGAUGAAUAUAAGCAAAAAAAAUUCGUUUUAAAUUGUAUAUGUAAACAAACGCGUUGGAGUUGGUUUAAUAAUUUAUGGGAAAUUAUCAAAAAUAUUUUUCGUUUCAUUCGACAAUUUAUUUGGUGUUGCUGUUGUCCACCAAUUUUAGGUUAUUGUUUAAAUAAGGUAGCAUUUUGGCCACCACCACGUGAAUAUUACUUUUUCAUUGGUGGUAGUGCGAAAAAUAUCAGUAAAAGUGAUCGAGAACCAUUAACUCAACAAUGUAUCGUUCGUAAAGCUAAUAAAAAUUGUCUGAAGCGAAAAGAUUUGAGAUUUGGUUUCGAGCAUCAAUGUGCUACUGAAGUAUUUGGAAUUGAAUGUUUUGUUACAGAAACAGAAAAGAAAAAUCAUAUUGCUUGUGUAUUUGUCAGAAAAGCACGACCACGUUAUACGUUGUUAUUCUCACAUCCAAAUGGCAGUGAUAUAUCCGACCACCUUGUUGGAUUACCUAAUUUGCAUGAUGCAGCAAGAUUUUUCAAUUGUAAUAUAUGCUCAUACGAUUAUAGUGGCUAUGGAAUUAGCGAUGGUAAUCCAAGUGAAAAAAAUAUGUAUUCGGAUAUUACUGCUGUAUAUAAAUAUCUUUUGGAAGAUUUAUCAAUUCCAGAAGCAAAUAUUAUAUUAUGGGGUUAUAGUAUUGGUACAGUAGCAUCGAUAGAAUUAGCUAAACAAGCUAAUAAACUUGCUGGCUUAAUACUUUUAGCACCAAUAGCAUCAAUUAUACGAACAAUUUGUUGGGGAAAAUGUUGUUGGAGACGAAAUAAGCAAUGUGAUCAUUUAGCUAAUUGUUGCGGUGAUCGAUUUAAUAGCUUCAAAAAGAUAAGUGAAAUUGAAAUGCCAACAUUGAUCGCACAUGGUGUGCAAGAUAUGAUUGUGACAGUUGAGCAUGGGAAAGCAUUGUAUCAGUUAUGCCCUGGGGCUGUAAAGCCAUUAUGGAUACCUGAUGUUGGCCAUAAUAAUCUUGAAAAUAGCUCAAUGCUAUGGCGCAGAAUGAGAAAAUUCAUUGAUAGAGAAGCACGACCACCAUUACAACGAACAAAAUGUAAAUCAUUGAAGAAAGAUAUUCAAAAUAGUAUUGAUUUACUAAAUGAUUGUAAUCAUAAGUGUGAAAGAAAAAAUUUAUUGGUAUAA